AUGCCUACACUCGAGGAAUCCAUGACCUCGGCACUCAAAUCCCGAGCUCAGAAAUCCUCCUUGAGAAAUUUAUCUUUACCAUCUACUAUACAAACUACAAGCGGUGUUACACCAAUAGACUUCUCAUCUAAUGAUUUUCUGUCACUGUCAACUUCUCCACUGCUACAUAAUGAGUAUCUUUCACUACUACGGAGCCACCUGUCACCUCCGUCAUCUCAAUCCCCAGCAUCGUCUUCAUCUCCGCCAACCCUAGGUAGCACAGGUUCUCGUCUUUUAACCGGGAAUUCACCUCUGGCGCUCAAUCUCGAAUCCCUAAUCUCCCAAUUUCACCGUUCUCCACACCUUGGUUCCGGUGCUCUUCUCUUUAACUCAGGCUUCGAUGCCAAUUCCGCAUUUUUCGCUUGCGUUCCGCAGAAAGGAGAUCUCGUAGUCUACGAUGAGCAAAUUCAUGCAAGCGUUCAUGAAGGAAUGAGGGGAUCACGUGCUAAGAAAUUUCUUUCAUUUGUACAUAAUGAUGUUGGAGAUUUACGGAGGGUAUUGGAAAGUGUGGGACAAGUAGAAGAAAUGGGCAAUGUCUUUGUUGCGGUGGAAGGCUUGUAUAGUAUGGAUGGCGACGUAUGUCCUUUGCGUGCGGUAGUAGAGGUUGUGGAGGAGAUUUUUGGAUUAGGAGGAAUUACUGAGGGUGGGAGAGGAUAUAUUGCGGUGGAUGAGGCACAUUCAACUGGGGUUUAUGGACCGCAGGGACGAGGACUGGUUUGUGAAUUAGGCUUAGAGGAGAAGAUCUUUGCUAGGUUACAUACUUUUGGCAAGGCGCUAGCUGGAAAUGGUGCCAUAAUCUUAACCACCCCUCUGACUCGUCAUUACCUCCUCAACUACGCCCGCCCUCUCAUCUACAGCACUUCGCUCUCUACCCCAUCACUCCUUCUCAUCGCAGCUUCCUACUCACUUCUGCUUUCCUCAAGCACUCAAUCUCUACCAUCUCAUCUUCGUUCUCUAUCUCACCAUCUCAAAUCUUUACUUUCUGACAUUCCUCAUUCACACUAUCUGAAACCGCAACCCCAAAACUCCGAACCAUACACUGAGGAUCUAAACUGGACACCAAUUUUCUCUCUUCAAACACCUGAGCCAAAGGACCUAGCAAGUUAUUGUCAAAAGGCGGGGUACAAUGUAAGGGCAAUAAUGAGUCCGACGGUUAAAAAGGGAAGUGAAAGGGUGAGGGUUUGUCUACAUGCAGGGAAUACGUUUAAAGAAAUUGAGGGAUUGGUGGAAUGUGUUAGAGAAUGGAUUGAGAUGAUGGAGAAGAAAGGGGAGAUUCAGGUUGGUGAUAAUGUCUUGGGAAUUCAAUCCCCUCUAGCAUCUGACUCUUCGGUUGGAGUUCAAAAAGGGUAUACUGUAGAUGUAGGUGCAAGUUUUGGAGAGAGGCCCCAAGAACAGAGAGCAAAACUAUAG